GGUUUCCACUGAGGCCACGCCCACCCAUCCUUUUCCGCCUCGGGGUUCGGCUUUCGGUUUCGUUUCGCCGCCGGAGCGAAGCGGAGCGAUGGGAGACCCGCAGAUGGAGGCGGUGCUGGAGGUGCGCGGCGCCCCCUGCGGCGGGGAGGAGGCGCUGCUGCUCUACCUGGAGAACGCGCGGCGCUCGGGGGGCGGCCCGGUGCGGAGCUGCGAGAGGCUGGGGGGGCGCCUCUACGUCACCUUCCAGAGCCACGGCGCUCUGGAGGGCGUCCUGGCGCGGGCCCCCCACCGGCCGUGGGGCUGGGAGCUGAAGCUGCGCCGCGCCCCCCCCUGGGACCCCACGGCGCUGCUGCUUUCCGGCGCCCCCCCCGCGGCGCUGCUGCCCCUCCUGCCCCCCAACUCCGUCUCCAGCUGCCACCCCACGGAGGGGGGCGCCGUCCUGCUGCUGACCCGGCCUGUGGGGGACCCAGAGCUGCGCGGGCUGCGCUCGUCGCUCCCCGGCUGCGCGGCGCUGCGGCUGCUGCCGCUCUCGGGCUCGGUGCGGGUGGAGCCGCCGGCGGCGCCGCUGGAGCUGCUGCAGCUUUACUUCGAGAACCGCCGCAGCGCCGGCGGAAAAGUGGCGGCCGUGAGGCGGCGCAGCGACGGAGGCGCCAUCGUCACCUUCCGCGACCCCGGCGUGGUGCCGCGGGUGCUGCGCCGGACGCAUCGGCUGCACGACGUGGAGCUGCGCCUGCUGCCCUGCUACCCGGGCCUGGGACCGGGCGGCGACGACCCGGCACCGGGGGAUGAUGGAGGAGAUCCGGCAAUGGGGGAUGGAGGAGAUCUGGCAACGUGGGAUGGAGCAGAUCCGGUACUGAGAGAUGGAGGAGAUCCGGUACCAAGAGAUGGAGGAGAUCCGGUACUGAGAGAUGGAGCAGAUCCGGUACUGAGAGAUGGAGGAGAUCCGGUACCAAGAGAUGGAGGAGAUCCGGUACUGAGAGAUGGAGCAGAUCCGGUACUGAGAGAUGGAGGAGAUCCGGUACCAAGAGAUGGAGGAGAUCCGGUACUGAGAGAUGGAGGAGAUCCGGUACCAAGAGAUGGAGGAGAUCCGGUACUGAGAGAUGGAGCAGAUCCGGUACCGAGAGAUGGAGCAGAUCCGGUACCGGGGCACGGAGCAGAUCCGGUACCGGGACAUGAAACAGACCCGGCCCGGGGCGCUGCAGAGCCAUCAGAUCCGGCCCCCGCCGACGCCUCGCAGCUGAGCGCGGAGCUGCCGGCCGCGGACUCUCCGGCGACGCCGCCCUGGGUGACGCGGGAUCCCCCGGUGACACCGGAAGGGGCGACCCGAGACCCCGUGGUGACGCCGGCGGGGAACCGCAGCCGCCCGGCGCCGCCACGGCGGAGCGACGGAGCCGCUGCAGGGACACCGGGGAGGACGAUCCGGGACCCCGCGGCGACCCCGCCGAUGACCCAGAGCCCCCCGGCGGCACCGCGGGCGACCCGGGACCCCGCGGCCCCUCCGGGGAGGACGGCCGACGACCCCGCGGUGCCGGCGGGCGGAGCGGCCCGGGAUCCCGGCCCGGCGCCGGAGGCCCAGGAGCGCGUGCUGCUGCCGGGAGCGACGCUGCGGUUCCUGCGGCGCCCCGACGUCCGCGCUCGGCUGUCGGCCCUGCUGGCGGCGCCCCCUGCAGGCGCCGCGCGUUACGACGUGCGCGGCCCCGCCGCGGUGCUCACGGCCUCCGACCCCGCGGCCGCCCGCCGCGCCGCGCGGCGCCUGCAGGGGGCGCUGUCCGCCUUCGCCGUGGAGGUGGCGCCGGGGGGCCGCGUGCCGGGGCCGGGCUCGCCGUGCUGGCGGCGGCUGCGGUGCUGCGCGGUGCGGCUGAGCGCAGACGGGCGCUGGGUGCAGGGCCUCACCUUGAGCGGCAUGGAGGACGAGAACCGGCGCCGCGUGCGGGACGCCCUGCGGGGGGGCGGCGGCGCGGAGGAACGGCGGGAGAGCGGCCAGGAGGCGGCGGGGGGAGCGGAUCCCGAUGUGCGGCCCAGCGAAGAACGCGGUGUGGAUCCCGAUGGAGAUCCCAACUCGUGGCUCAACCUGGAACCCAACGCGGAUCCCGAUUCACAGCCCAUCCUGGAACCCAACGUGGAUCCCGAUGGAGAUCCCAACGUGUGGCUCAACCUGGAACCCAGCGCAGAUCCUGAUUCAUAUCCCAGCUCGUGGCUCAACCCAGAACGCAGCACAGAUCCCCAUUCACAGCCCAUCCUGGAACCCAACGUGGAUCCUGAUGGAGAUCCCAGCUCACGGCUCAACCUGGAACCCAUCGCAGAUCCCCAUUCACGUCCCAUCCUGGACCCCAACGUGGAUCCCAAUGGAGAUCCCAGCUCAUGGCUCAACCCGGAACCCAUCACAGAUCCCCAUUCACAUCCCGUCCUGGAACCCAACAUGGAUCCUGAUGGAGAUCCCAACCUGUGGCUCAACCUGGAACCCAGUGCAGAUCCUGAUUCAUGUCCCAUCCUGGAACCCAACGUGGAUCUCAGCUCGUGGCUCAACCCGGAGCCCAGCACAGAUCCCCAUUCACGGAACCCGACGCGGAUCCCGGCGCCGCCCCCGAUUCGGGGCCCAUCGCGGCCCCCCCCCGCGGAUCCCGGCGGCCCGGCGCUGGCGGAGGCCGCGGUUCCGAUGGCGGGGGGCGCCCUGCGCUUCCUGCGGGAGCAGCGCCGCCAUCUGCUGCCCGCCGGCACCGCCGCCUCCGUGCUGCCGCUGGAACGGACCGACGGCAGCGCUGUGCGGCGCUGCUCCGCUCGGUGCUGCCGGCUGAGGAGCCGCUCCUCUCCGUAA